AUGCAAGGCGAAGAGUCCGCACCUUGUGCUCCUACAGGCGCCACAACCUGUGCUCUAUUGUGCCAGGGAGAUGCUGCUGCCCGUGGCGGCUCGUACUAUAGGGCUGGAGGGGACUCAGCCACAGGAUCAGCGGUAACCGGGUUGGCUACUUGUUGGACAGGUGAAGGCACUACCGGUGUGAUAUGCAACAACAACGGAGAUUGCAGAAGGGACCCCAACAUUUCAGGGAGCCUGUCCUCCAUUGUCUCUAGGCAGGAGAAACAGACAGGUGGAAUAGUUGCAGCGGACAACGGGAAAAGGCCAACUAGAUGUAAUUCCAGAGUCGCCAGCAUGGACGGUUCGAUCACCUCAGCCGGGUCCUUAGCACAGGGGCAAGGGCCCGAGGUGGCCGGGGCCACAACUACUGGCAAUGAGAAAAAGGACUCCAGAGUUUCCUUCUCAAGUGCCCCUAAUAGAAAAGCAUCGUCCUCUGUGCAGAACCAACAGAACAGGAAUUCUCUCCCAUUUUUUAAAUCUGAGGAUGGACACCAGAUUGUGCCAGAUGAUGGGGAACCGCAGGACAAUCGGACUUAUAUGCAGCGCCAAUUUAGUUCCAUGCUUCAGCCUGGAGUUAAUAAAUUUUCACUGCGUAUGUUUGGGAGCCAAAAAGCGGUGGAAAAGGAACAAGAGCGCGUCCAAUCGGCCGGUAAUUGGAUUAUUCAUCCAUACAGCGAUUUCAGGUUCUACUGGGAUUUCACCAUGCUGAUGUUCAUGGUGGGCAACCUCAUCAUCAUCCCCGUGGGGAUCACCUUCUUCAAGGACGAGACCACCGCGCCCUGGAUCAUCUUCAACGUGGUCUCUGACACCUUCUUCCUCAUGGACCUGGUCCUCAACUUCCGCACAGGCAUUGUAUUUGAGGACAACACCGAGAUCAUCCUGGACCCCAGGAAGAUCAAGAGGACGUACCUAAAGACCUGGUUCUUGGUGGACUUUGUCUCCUCCAUCCCUGUGGAUUAUAUCUUCCUGAUCGUUGAGAAGGGGAUCGACUCUGAGUUGUAUAAGACGGCCAGAGCCCUGAGGAUCCUACGCUUUACCAAGAUCCUCAGUCUGCUGAGGCUGCUCAGGCUGUCCAGGCUCAUCCGCUACAUCCACCAAUGGGAAGAGAUAUUCCAUAUGACCUAUGACCUGGCCAGUGCAGUGAUGCGUAUCUUCAACCUGAUUGGUAUGAUGCUGCUGCUGUGUCACUGGGAUGGUUGUUUGCAGUUCCUGGUUCCCAUGCUGCAGGACUUCCCCCAAGACUGUUGGGUCUCUCUCAACAAGAUGGUGAACGACUCAUGGAGCGAGCUGUACUCCUUUGCCCUGUUCAAGGCCAUGAGUCACAUGCUGUGUAUCGGUUACGGGCGCCAAGCCCCAGAGAGCAUGUCUGAUAUCUGGCUGACCAUGCUCAGUAUGAUCGUGGGCGCCACCUGCUAUGCCAUGUUCAUUGGCCAUGCCACCGCCCUCAUCCAGUCCCUGGACUCAUCCCGGCGCCAGUACCAGGAGAAGUACAAACAAGUGGAGCAGUACAUGUCUUUCCACAAACUGCCGGCUGACUUCCGACAGAAAAUCCAUGACUACUACGAACACAGAUACCAGGGCAAGAUGUUUGAUGAGGAGAGCAUCCUGGAGGAGCUUAAUGAACCACUGCGGGAGGAAAUUGUCAACUUCAACUGCCGUAAGCUGGUGGCAUCCAUGCCCCUGUUUGCCAAUGCCGACCCCAACUUUGUGACAGCCAUGUUGACCAAGCUCCGCUUCGAGGUCUUCCAGCCCGGAGAUUACAUCAUCAGGGAGGGCACCAUCGGCAAGAAGAUGUACUUCAUCCAACACGGUGUGACCAGCGUGCUGACCAAAGGAACUAUGGGCAUGAAGCUUUCUGAUGGAUCCUACUUUGGAGAGAUCUGUCUGUUGACCCGAGGCAGACGGACGGCCAGUGUGCGGGCGGACACGUACUGCCGUCUCUACUCCCUGUCUGUGGAUAACUUCAAUGAGGUGCUGGAGGAGUACCCAAUGAUGAGACGAGCCUUCGAGACUGUGGCCAUCGACCGACUGGACCGGAUAGGGAAGAAGAACUCAAUCCUAAUGCACAAGGUUCAGCAUGACCUCAACUCGGGUGUCUUCAACAACCGAGAGAAUGAAAUUAUCCAAGAGAUUGUGAAAUAUGACCGUGAGAUGGUGCAGCAGGUGGACAUGCAGAGGCCUCGUGCCAUGUCCAUGUCCAACCCCCCCACGCACGGGGGCAUCUUCGCUCCUCCAGCCCCACCUCAGAGCUCAGCCAUCGCCACCCUCCAGCAGGCUGUGGCUAUGAGCUUCUGUCCCCCCAUGGCAGGCCCUCUGGUAGGGGCCGGGGCCCUGCAGUCACCCCGGAUGGUACGGAGGUUCCAGGUGAUGCAGAGCAUGUCAGCCUCCCCUCCUCCCCAGACUGAGCAGACCAUGCAGCCCCAGCUACACGCCGGUGGUGCCUUCGCCUCCGCCCUCUCCAGCCCCCCCAUCCAGAGCCCCCUAGCUGCUGGGGGACGGACAUUCCAGUACGGCCCCUCUUCUGGCUCCCAGCUCUCCCUGGUCCAGCAGAUCGUGCCCAGCCCCCCUCACCGGCCCAACACCCAUAACAGCACCCGCUCUCUGCACAUGGGCAGUCUGAGUCAGGACGCCAGGGCACUGUCUGCCUCUCAGCCCUCUCUGCCCCAAGGAGGGGCUCAACCCGUGGCCCCGAGCCCACCACAGUCCAACCGUGUUUCCUCAACCUCCAUUGGGCCACCUCAGACCCCCCCGGGCUCUGUGGGGCUCAGGAGCGCUGUGACACAUAGGAUGGUGCUGCCCCACCAGAUGUCUGUGGGGGCGUUUCCUCUAGCCUCCCUCCCGGGGACUCUGACAUCGCUGGGGACAGGCAUGGGUGCGGGUAUGGGAGUGGGCAUGGGAGCAGGCUUGGCGCCAGCCCUGCCAGACUCAGGUUUACCCAAAAAGGACUCCAAAGCCAGCCACCCUGAGACAGACCAUGUCAGAUCGAGGCUAUCUUCCAAUUUGUGACCAUUAUUAGAUUUCUGCAGAGCCAGGGGUUUUUGGUUGUGGGAACUGUGGAAGAUUUCGUCCUUCUACCCAAUAAUCUCCCCUCUCCCUGUCACGUGGUUCUGAAUAUGACUAUAAGAAUGUAUGCUGUGGGACCUUGGAGAGGGAGCGGGAGACCGUAGCUGAAAGACAAUGUAUGACUAACAAUAUAGUUAUUAUCAGAGGUGGGAUGUUUCUACUCCACCCACAGACAUAGAUAGUAGAUACCGGCCGUACGUAGUAGUAGCACCUUCUCCCCACAUCUCUCCUUUAUUUACUCUCUUUACUGUAACCAUAUUCAACAUAAAUAGCACGCAUCUCUCACCCAUUAUCUAUAUAGUCGAACAAUACAAACUGGCAGGGACAAGAAGAAAAUCAGGAACCUGCUUCAGAUGACAACGAUGACAACAACGCUUUGCAGAAGUUGUUCUGGGAUUUCCUCUUUUCUCUAUGGACUGGUUUUAACAAAAGUUCUACUCAUGUCACUGUAAUAUUGUUUCAGAAAACAAGAAAAUGUUUUUUUUAGACCAUGUCUUAAAUUAUUGCUUUUUUUUUUUUACAGGUUGGGCUUAAACAAAAUGUUGCAUUGUAUUAAUGGGAUGAAUAAUAUAUUU